AUGUUAUUUAAAAAUUUAUUAAUACCAUUUAUAUUAAGUCCAUUCGUUUUAUCAGAAGAAAUUGAUACUACAAUUGUUACUACAAUUACAAUUACUGUCACUCUGUAUACACCAGAAGAGUCAUUGAGUUUGAUUUCAGAAAGUUUAGCAUCGGUUGCAUCAGUUGCAAGUGUCCAAGCUUCAAUUUCAUCAGAGUCAGUAGCUUCAGUAGCUUCAGUAGCUUCAGUUCAAUCAAUUCAAUCUGCUCAAUCAUUAGCUUCAGUUUAUUAUCAAUCUUUAUCAAGUGUUGAAUCAGAAGCUUCAGUUGCCUCAGUCAAAAGUGUUGAAUCUGAAAAAGCAAAAGAAACAAGUUUAACUGCAUUCAGAGGUGUAAUUGCCGUUGGUUAUAAUUCAACACAUGAAACAACAACAACUACAACUACAUCAAUUGCAGAAACAUCAACUUCAGAAAUAGUUGAAGAAACCCUGUCAAUUUCACAAGAUACUUCAAAUAGAGUUACAAUUUCAGCUGCUUUAAUUGCUAUGGCUAUUGCUUUAUUAUAA